AUGGAGAACGCUAGCGUCCAGAUUGAUGGCAACUUAAUCAUAACGGCGGUGUAUAAUAGCCCCAGUCGCAAAUUCAGUACCAACUGCCUAAGAUUCCUAUUUUCUAGGAAAAACAAAGUAAUAGUUCUAGGCGAUCUAAACGCUAAACAUGAAGAAUGGAACUGCAACUGCAGAAACACCAAUGGAAAUCGUCUAUUCAGUUUCCUUGAAGCUAAUGAUGACGUAAUUUUGAACAUCCCUAACGGACAUACUCAUUUUCCAGACAAUGGAAAAGCGCCGAGUACUAUCGAUUCAAUACUCACUAAGAAUAUUAACUUGAAUAGUAUCCCGGACGCGAGUUCGCUUUCUACCCAGUUACACAAUGUUAGGCAAGAAGGUAAAUCGAUCGAGGAUUUCGCUAAAUUAGUAGAACAACUCUCUUUAGACCUAACUAUUUCACAAGCUGAUAAUUAUAGCGCAGCUUUAGAUGUUUUAAGGCAAGUAAAUGAAAAAAUAGCGAUAAACACUUUUGCCAAUGGUUUGAAGAAUUCCGAGAUAAGAACUAUUAUAAAAGCGAGAAACUACCCAAAUUUAAAGGAUGCUGUAGCUUCAGCCAAAGAGGAAGAGCAGAGAAAUUCCACACACAAUCAAAAUAAAUAUAGGUCAGGUAGACGCUAUUCAGAAAAUAACAAUCGUAGGCAAAAAUUCAACCCGAAUCAUACUACGAAAGAAGGUCGCGGUUGUCGCUCUAAUUACAAUAACAAUAGGAAUAAUAGGAAUUCGAGAUCCCAUCAAGUUUAUAUGACCAAAUCGGACGAUGAAGAAAUGCAAAACGCCGAUAAAAAGUUUUUUCGUUCCUAA